CCACCAUGACCACCCUCGUAGAUCCCGUCGUCUCCCCUUCCAGCAGUCCGUCUCUCAGCCCGACCCGCUCCCGCAGACUCUCUUCCCGCAGAGGCUCCGUCUCUGCCUCCGACCCGUGGGGCGUCCACUCGCCGCUCAACAACAACCCCCUCCGCUCCACUUCCAGCCGCCUCACCAUCGUCCGCGUCCCGCCCCCGACCGAGGGCGAGCAGUACCCCCGCAGGCACGGCCGUCACGGCAGCAACGCGUCCCUCAGCUCCAACUCGUCCGCGGGCAAGCCCGAGGGCUCCCGCAUGAGCUUUGCCUUCUCGUCCUUCGGCACGUCCCCAGGCAGCGGCGGCCCGCACGGCAGCAGUCCCACCUCGUCCCCGCGCAUCCGACCCCAGUCCCCCACCCUCAGCCGCCGCUACUCCGGUUCCAUGAACAAGCUGCCGCCCGAGCAGCUGCUGGACGUCGCCCGCCAGGCGUGCAACCCGCGUGUUACCAACGGCGGCAGCCCGAUCCUACCUGCGGAGAAGCCUUCCUCCGUCUCCUUCACGCCUCUUCCCGACGCCAUCCUGCUCCCCUUCGUCGAGCGUCCCUUUGAAGUCGGCCAGCUCAUGUGUACUCCGCCCUCCGCCAAGCUCUUCUCCCUCCUUGCCCAGAUGUUCCCCGAGAGCACGCGCGCGUUUACCGGCAAAGAGUCCGCGGACGCGCUCCUGUCCAGCGACCCGAAGACAUGGACGUACGCCGAGCUCGCGUUCUGGCUCAAAAGCGUCGACCGUGACGUUGCCGAUGACGCGCCGUGGGUCCACAGGGCGCGCACCUGUAUCAUGGCGAAGAGCGAGCUCAUCUGGGAGCGAAUCAAAGGUGCGCUUGGCGUCCCCGCUGAACUGGACGGUGACGACGAUGCGCUGCCGCCCGUGCUCGAUUCAACGCCCACUGCUUCUAGCGUUCCCGUGCUGUCUAGCUCUGCAGACUCCGCAGACUCCGCGGACAAGUUCCCCAUCGUGUUUGAGGCUCCUAGCCCCGUCCUCUGCGCGACCCCACCGUCCCCCACCCUCGGUGCAGACGAGCUCACGAUCGAGCCCGUCCUCGCCAACUCGGCGCGUCCGCCCACGUCCUCUACGCUCGACCCGCACGAGCUCUGCGAGGUGCGUGAAGAGGACGAGGACGAGGAAGACGCAGGCAACGACGCAGACACGAAGGCGGACAUUGAGGAUGAGCAGGAGGUGCACGGGCUGCGGAUUGCCACCAGCCCCGCGACGCCGUUCAGCUCGAACUACGCGCUGAGCCCCGGCGGCGAGCCGUCGUCGCUGCCCCUGGGGAGCCCCGCGGCGAGCCCCAUGUCGAUCCCGCGCUCGAACACAAUACACGACCGCGACAUGCCAUAUGACGCGUUGCACGAGCGCGGCCCUGGGCACCCGCUGUUCCCAAGCAGCUUUGCACACCUGUCUAUGACGCCGACGCUGCGCAAGAGCAGCUACACGACGGGGCGUGCGCAGAGCAUGUGGAACCCGCCUCUGCCGGCGUUUGGCAACCCGCACUCGAUCCGCAUGGGCGGGCAUGCGGUGAGCGCUACCGCGGGCGGUUUCCAUAGACCAGACUGGGUGCAAGGGUACGACCCCGCGCGCCAUGAGUUUGCGGUCGCGUCCAGCACGGGUAGCGUGAGCGGCAUCGAGUGAUGUGCCGUCGUCCGCGCAAAACCGCUGCGUCGCCGCACGUACGUCCCCCGUUAUCGCAUUAGAACACUCAACAUCCAUCCCACCCCACUCCACCAUACAUGAUGUCCCGCAUACACACGAUUCACGAACCCAGCUCACGAUAUUUUAUUCUUGCGGCGUGCGAGUUGUGCGCACAGUAGCAUAGUCUGUCUUCCUGUUGUAUGGUGUAUUAAAGUUGUUUCGGAUUAAUCAGAGGGUCAAGCUUCAAAGUUUCACGGUGAAUGACA